UCGGUCCUGCCCCAACCGCUCUCCCUCCAAACACACACACCUACUCGUUUUUGCUGUGCCCAAUUAAGUGCUCCUCUGUUUCUCUGUUCCAUCCUCCCUUCUCAAAAGAUUCAAACAAAAGCUUAGGACAAGGAUGAGCUCCUUGAGCUCCGUCGCCGUCUCAAGAAGUAUAGGCUACGGUACGCGAAGCCACAUGUUGUGACUUGUGAUCCCUCACGACACCGCCAUUGGUGACUGGUGAGCCGAGCACCCCACAUUCUCUUCUUCCACCUUGUCUUUAGAUCGGGUCCGGCGGGAGCCGUGAGCCGCCACACCAUGCAUGCUGCCAUCAGCUACGCAACCCUGUCGCCCCUGCAGCUCCCGCUCCCCUACCUGCCACCCCCACUGCCGCCAUUACUGCCGCUGCUGUCGCCGCCUCCUCCGGCGGCCGUCGAUGCAGGCUUUCAGAGCAGGAUCAGCCCCAAGAUCCUUCUCAUCGUCUUGAUCUUGGCCGUGAUCUUCUUUGUCUCCGGCCUCCUCCACUUGCUCGUCUGGUUGUUGUUCCGCCCGACGCCGCGUGACCCUGGCGACGCCGGGAGCAGCGCCGCGAACGCGACCGCCUUCCACGGGCAGCUUCAGCAGCUGUUCCAUCUCCAUGACGCCGGCGUCGACCAGUCUUUCAUCGACGCGCUGCCGGUAUUCCUCUACGGCGCGGUCGUGGGCGCUGGAGGGAAGGACCCCUUCGACUGUGCGGUCUGCCUGUGUGAGUUCGCCGACGACGACCGCCUCCGCCUCCUCCCCAAGUGCAGCCACGCCUUCCACGUCGAAUGCAUCGACACGUGGCUUCUAUCGCACUCUACGUGCCCGCUCUGCCGCUGCAGCCUCCUGGCCGACUUCUCGCCGUGCGGCGGGGGCUGCAGCUCGCUGGUGUUUGUGCUCGAGUCUGGCUCGGAGGGCUCCGUCUCCGGCCGCGUCGACCGGCCGCCCGCUGCUCACCUCAGCCUGGUCAUGGAGCAAGAAGAAGGAUGUGAAAGUCAGACGCACUCAGAUGUCAAGGAGAAGGACGAGGUAGUCGUCCCCGUGAAGCUCGGCAAGUUCAGGAGCCAGGCCACGGAAGGAGGCGCGGGAUGCAGCUCCAACCCCGACCAAGAUGUGAGGCGGUGCUACUCCAUGGACCAGAGCUCCCUGCUCCGUGUAUCCGUGAAGCCGCCGGCGGCCAGGCUCUCGAAGCCCACGAUGGACAAGAAAGAGAGCUUUUCCAUCUCCAAGAUAUGGAUGCGGGGUGGGCUGCGGAGGAAGGACAGCAGCGCCGCCCCGUCAGGCUCGUCGUCGCGCCGCGCGUCGUCGUUCCGGCUGCCCUCGGCGCUCCAGCGUGCGGCGAGCGACAUCGGCGCGCCGAAGCGGCGGGCGGACGUCGUGAGCCCCGUCACCGAGUCCGAGUACAACGUGUCGGCGUGGGACAAGAGCGGGAGCGGCAGCGUCGUGGACUGGGACGUGGAGUCCUGCACGGCCGCCGGCGGGCUCAGGUCGAGGGCGGACGAGGCGCCUUCGUUCGCGAGGCGGACGCUCCUGUGGAUCAGAGGCCACCAGUGAGAAGAGAAGAUCGCAGAGUUCUUUGCUCCCCUGCUGCGAGCUGUGAUCCAGAUUAUCAGCUGGUUUGCUCUUUUUCUGUUCGAUCUGUGAGAUUUGAAGCAUUUUGCGUGGGUGGAAUGCAGGGUUAAUGAUUUUACCGCUCAGGAUUUUUUAGAUGUCUCUGCAUCUGCAGAGCGUUUCACUAUCGUCUAUCGUGUGUUACUGUGCAUU